AUGAGGAAAUACCCAGAGACCAUGAUCAGCUCUGCACCCCUCAACACAGCCCCCUCAAGCAUCCGCAGACCUCGCAUGCAACAGCGACACAUGCUGCAGGUCGACCUGCUGGUGGGGCUCAUGGAGCUCGGGCAGGAGGAGGAGAAGGCGGCUGAGCCCUCUGACGCUCGGCCUGCGGAGGACCGGACCGCACCGCCCGAGCCCCGGUACCGGGAGGACCGGACCGCACCGCCCGAGCCCCGGUACCGGGAGGACCGCACCGCACCGCCCGCCACCGAACCUGCUGAGGAACCCCUGGUUUGGGACCCCCCGGACGACGCUGCUGCUGCCGCACAGGGAGUAGACAAGAUAAUUGGGGAAUACGAGUGCAGCCCCCAUUCACAGCCCUGGCAGGUUUCCCUGAACACUGGGUAUCAUUUCUGUGGCGGAUCCCUCAUCGCGGACCAGUGGGUGCUGUCAGCUGCCCACUGCUGGUACUACCCUGACUCCAUGCUGGCAGUCCUGGAAGACCACAACGUCCAGGUCUUUGAACACACUGAGCAUCUGAUGCGCAUUGAGACCAACAUCUUGCACCCCAGCUAUGACGACCAGACACUGGACCAUGACAUCCUGCUCUUCAAGCUGGCCCACUGCAUCCAGCCCGAUGCCUAUGUGCAACCCAUUCCCCUGCCGACCGUCUGCCCAGAGGUUGGGUCUCUCUGCAUGGUGUCAGGAUGGGGUAACAUCCUCAGUGAUGUGCUAAGCGCCAAGAACCUGCAGUGUGUCGAAGUUCCCAUUGUGAGUGACCAGGUGUGUGAGCGCUCCUACGCCGGGAUGAUCACCAGCACCUUGAUGUGCACUGGGUACAUGGAAGGAGGCAAGGAUGCAUGCCAGGGAGAUGCUGGUGGACCUCUGGUCUGCAACGGGAAGUUGCAGGGCAUCAUGUCCUGGGGACUUGGCUGGGCACAAAAGGAUCACCCUAGCAUCUUCACCAAGAUCUGCUCCCUGCUGUCCUGGAUCAAGAGCACCAUGGCCGCUAACUAG